AAUGCCGUAACGAAAUAUGGGAGUGAUAUGGAACCGCUGAUUGUAAAGGCACGCUGUCGAACUGCCCUUGAACGUGGCGAUAUAGAAGAGUUCAAAUGCAUUUUAAACAGUGUGCUAUCGUCUGGUCCAACAACCAGCGGUUUUACGAACGAGUUUGUGCUGGAGCUGGUUUGGCUGCUUGCACGGAAAAGCGCCGAUCCAUUAGGCAAAGAACAUCAUCGUCUUUGCAGUGAGAUACUUGGACGAGUAAAAAAAGAGCACGGCUUUUUGAAACUGAUGGUUCGAGAAGCGGAUCGGCAUGCUGCACACGGAUUGUUUUAUUCUGCUUUAUCUUACUUUCAUAUUGAUUUGCAUAAAAGUUCUGUUUCGAAUUCUCACAAUGAUAAAACUCGAGGUUUGUCCUCCUUCGAUAUAUGUUUUUUCGUUUUCAACCAAAAAUCUUUUAGUAUGGGAACUGCACUUCUUAGUACUGCAUGA